GUCCGGCUGAGUGGUUGUGCAAGCUGGAUGCCCUGGUGAUGUUGGCCGGCAGGCAGGUGGAGGACAGGAGGGAGGAGCUACUGGGUCGAGCAGGGGUGGGGCCACAUGUGCAGGCCGACAUCCAGAGACAGCUCCACCUCUGGACCCUACGGCAGCAGCUGUACUGCAGGAUGAGGGAAAGCUUCCACCACACAGACCUCCCUGGCCCUCCCAGUAGUGUGUCACUGUUUGUGACCAGUGCCUCUUCCCUGUUUGUGUCCAUUCGAGAGCCAACCGGUAUCGUCACUGGAUUGAUCACACACUACAGAGGGGAAUGGAGUACCUCUGCCAACUUCAAGAGCAUACUUGGCUCAGCCCAUGUGAUCGACACUAAGACCCCCAUCCAUAGCAUCACAGGACUCACGACAGGAGUGCACUACUUUGUGAGAGUGGCCGCCUACAAUGUGAAGGGAUGGGGCCCAGCUCAGAGCUCCAGCCCAGUCAGUGCUGCCCCCUCCAGCUGGAUUGAGUGUAUGGGGGUGAAAACUCCAAGCAGGAAUAAGGAGGCUCUGGUCAGGAGACUGUUGGAGCAGACCAGAGAGCCACACUACAGGGGAUACUGUAUAGUCCUCUCUGGGGACAGUAGACUUGGGGCAGGUGUACUAUGAGCCUCUGAAGGACAGGCAGGGUAACGUUCUGCUGGUGACGG